AUGGCUAAUUCAACUGUCUUACGAGUUUCAAUGCUGAUCCUGAUCAUUUUAUCCGCAAAUGUAAUUAAUUUGGAAGCAGUAAGUUAUCGUGGGCUCGAGUCUAUGCCUAAAAGGAUUGAUAGCAGCUCUCUCUUACAGAAAUUAAGCUAUGAUAUGUCAAAAAGGAAUGUGACAGCUGCAUCACCUUCAAGACUUUCACCAGGAGGGCCAGAUCCUGAACAUCACUUGUCUCAACCAUCGUCAGCAAUGCCUUAG